UUCAUUCCUAGGUGAAAAAUAACUCCGUCACGCUCGCCCGUACUUUUGCAGCCGAACGCGGCACUGGAAAUCCAUUCCGGCGGAACAAAGCUGGAAAUUCCCGUCUUCGUUCAUGCCCUCAACCAUCUCUAGCUAUACACGCCACCAGCGAUUUCUCCCUUUAGAAAGUUUGAGAUAGAUAGAUAUGACGACGGAGAGCUGGCGAGGGAUGCUGGCGGCGGGCAAGGCGAGGUCUGCCGUGCGGGCGAUCAACAUCAAUGCUUCGGCGCAAAAGGUGGAGGUCGACAACCGGAUCUCACUGGACUAUUAUUAUCGGAUAGCCGAAAAUCUACUCCGGCAGGCCAGCAUAUAUAGGGAGGAGAAGAAUCUCAUUGAUUUGUAUAUCAUACUCCUUAGAUUUUCAAGUCUGAUGUGUGAAACAAUACCUUCACAUCGAGAUUAUCAGAUCUUGCUUUCAAAAGAGAAAGCUGCAUUUAGGAAGAAAUUGCUUGAUGUUAUUAAUGAGCUAGAAGCUCUAAAGCCACUUGUGCAACAUCAAGUUGAUGAAAUCAAUAAGGGGAGUACGCAUCAAACUAUUGGAUUGGACAAGAAUUCUUUUGAUCCUGGUAGAAAGCAGCUCUCCUCAAGUUCUUUUUCCAUGCAGCCGCCUUCGCGAUUUGCAUCUGAUUUAUUACAGAAGAAGACUAUGGAAAGAAAUGAAGUUAAAUGGUCUGAGAAUCAGAUGGACAUGCAAUUUAAGAAAUUGACCCUUAAUUUGCCAUAUCCAAAGGAAGAAACAUUAUCCAAACACUCCAUUUUAGGCCCUGAUGGGCUUCAAGGACAGUGGAAAGGACCUAUUUCUGGUAUUAGGGUUCAAUAUCCCAGCUACGUUGACUUGGCACAGAGUGAAACUCCUGGGUUAAAUCAGGGGGAGCCUCACGACCCUGCCAUUUUGCCAAAUAGCUAUUUAAAAGGAAGAAACUCUGUUAUGGAUUCUGUUCUAUCUCUUGAUGAUGGAAGUUGGCCAAUUUCUGGUGAAGGGUCCUGUUCUUUGGCCACAAAUACUACAGAAGAAGAUUUUUUACAGUUGAAUAUUAGACAACCAUCUAUUCCUCCUGUUUUUGCUGAGGUCCACUCAGAGUCAUGUUCUAUAUCUCCAUCAAAAGUGGCAGAUCCGAGACCAGGGCUGCCAAAACUUUCACAUGAGGGAGAUUCUAAGACAUAUCAGAAAUUACAUGUACCUGUACAAAUGUUGGAAUGUUUCUUGAAGCUUGCUGUGGGAAACACCACAAAAAAUCUAGAGACAUGUGGAGUUCUUGCAGGCUUACUAAAAAACAGCACGUUUGUUGUGACAACACUAAUAAUCCCAAAGCAGGAGUCAACAUCUGAUUCGUGUCAGACAACCGAUGAGGAAGAGAUAUUUAAUGUUCAAGAUGCGCUCACUAUUUCCACUUGGCUGGAUUCAUACACACCCAACACAAACCUGCUUCAUGUCAUCAAUCGAUCUUCACACUCAUUAUUCCUAUCAGGUAAUGAUGGAAAGUAAAAGAUUUUCUUGCCG